CUUAACAUACUUUUCUCUAUUUUAGACAUACCAACUUUUAUUUAAAUCGCGUUUUAGGAAAAACGAAAACAAAAGAGGAUACCUUCGAUGGCGAGAGAAGGUAUGAGAUGGAGCUUAUAAGAAGAGAAUACUUGCAUUAUCAUGGCAUCAUUUUAUUCUGGUUCACCAAAGAAGUCACCUGAAGAAGUUCACAUUGUUCAGUCAGUUGGUGAGGAUGUCACACUGCAUCCAUUACAGAUCCUUCAUGAUCAAGAAAGAACAGUUCUAACUCUAGACUCUGUCCAAAGUCUAAAAGGUGUUGUGGUCAAUGUGAUUGCUGCAGAUGAUGGAACUAUUACUUAUUCUAGUGGUCUAUGUGGACAUAUUUUGCAAAUGAUCCCAGCUGAGGCAAUAGGAGAUGCUACCCAUUUUGUCCAAAUUCCUACCGAAGCAUCAUCCACAACAGCUAUAACAGAGGAAGUCACCCAUCAAGGACAUUUUUCAACAGAGACAUUAUCUACAUCAUCUGGAGCAAUAGGAGAAGUCACCCACCUUGUCCAUAUUCCAACAGAGACACCAUCCAUGCCUUCUAGCACAUUAGAAGGAGCAACUCACCUUCUACAUCUUCCAGCAGAGACAAUAUCUACUACAGCUGGUAUAGUAGACAAAGUCACCCAUCUUGUCCAUCUUCCAAUAGAGACUUCAUCUACAUUAGCUGGUACAGUAGAAGAAGUCACCCACCUUGUUCACCUUCCAGUAGACACAUCAUCCCCAUCAGCCAGUACAGUAGAAGAUGUCACUAAUUUUGUCGAACUUCCACUGAAAUCAACACCCACAGCCUCUUUAAACACAGUUGAAUCCUCUGUACCUUCAGACCCAGUUUCUAGAACUCUCAUGUGUACUGUAACUUCUGAACCCUCAAAGUCAAGUAUCCUUUGUUCUUUGCUUGCAACUACACCUUUAACAAAACCCUCGCUACCUGAUGCUCCAUCUUGGGUACAGAGAAUGAAUGACUGUGAGGAAAUUGGUAGUUCCUAUCGUGGCUGGGUUGGCACUGAAGAUGCAUUAGAUUUGCUCCUUGCCUAUCACAAACAGUUGACACAUUCUAGCUGGGGAACCCGUCAGUCUACCUCUUCCCUCCGCUCCUCCCUUCGACUAAUGUGGAAGUCUCAAUAUGUCCCAUUUGAUGGGAUUCCUUUCAUUAAUGCUGGAAGUAGAGCUGUGGUGAUGGAAUGCCAGUAUGGACCUAGAAGAAAAAGAAAUCCAUCCAAAAAACUCAACCAAAGUCAGAAAGGGAAAUUCAAACAGACUUGUCCUGCUAGGAUAUACAUUAAAAAAGUGAAAAAAUUUCCAGAGUAUAAGGUUGACCCAAAUCUUGAGAAAAAAAGUUUACAUGUAGCAAUGGAGAAAGCUUUUGUAGAACUGAAAGCAGCUGGUAUAGACGGACAUGGUGAAGAAAGGUGGUAUGUUCAGUUGCCAACAGAAAAAGCCCAUGAGUUCCAUGAUAGACUGCCUACAGGAAAUGGCUCCUCUCCAAACAAGCAGCAUCAUAACAUACGAGCAGUAAAAGAUAAUAUUACUAAGAACUCUUGUCUAUCUCGAAUUCAUCCUACAUUAGUAACAAAAAUAAGAGAGCUAGUAGCUAAUGGUGAAACCAAAGUGCUGACAAUUCGAAAGCAACUCAGAAAGUUGGUAGAACAUGAAAUGUUUUCCAAAAAUGAUAAACUUCCUGAACGUCAUAACCUUUGCUUUUUUCCAACAAUCCACGACAUUCAAAAUCACGUAUUUGAGGCUCUAAAGGAUAUCCGCACUGGAGAACUACCACUUCUUGUACCCAGUGUUAAUAUUGAGGUUCCUAAUCAGAGUUCUUCAAGCCAACAGCUCCAUCCUGUAAACAGCAAAAAUGUGCAGCCAGCUGUUAGACAAUCCCAGAUUAAGGGAUUGACAGUUACGCUAUCAAAAAAUAAAGAACCAGACCAAGCCCCAACCAUUACAAAAAUCGAGGUAAUUCAUAGUGAUGGAAGUGUUGAGGUAAACAGCACCUUAACAGCUGAAACGUUGAAUAUGAUUAACAAAAUUACACCAGCUUCAUUAUCUCAGCGGCCUUUUGAAACUGUGAAUUCUUUGCCUAUUGCUAACCUCAACUUGCCAGAGACAAGAAAUCAAGACCCUCAAUCAGACAUUGCAACAAUUAUCUUUGUUCCUGACAGUCAACAUAGCUUAACCUCUGGACACACCUCUUUUGCUAAAACAUCUUCAAAGUCCCACACAAUGAGAAGCAGUAGUUCUCUACCAGCUGAAACCACCUUGACUAGCAUUGCUAGCUUACCAGCCAUGAGUUCUGGAAACUGUUAAAGCAUUACUAUCAGCCACAGAGCUCAUAUCAUUGUAGCACCAAAUCUGGAAACUUUAGUAAGUACACUGUAUACAAUUGUUGAACUUACUUUGUGUGCAGUUAUUUACUCAAAAUGUUUCAGUGUUAUGACCCAGCAACAUUGAAAAUCCAUCACAAUAUUCUAACUUUUAGUUACCAUUGUUAUUAUUAUUCAUAUCAUAAGUUCUAAAACGUCUAUCAAUUCCAGUUGUAAGUUUAAUCAGAAUGGACAGUUAUAUCUUACCAUCCCAGAGUUUAUGUAGGAUAAAUACUUGCAUUAGUAACUUCAGCAUUGAGUGACCAUUACUAUGAUACUACCUGUUCUAAGUAAUUGUACUACUUUUAAUACCAGUCAUUACUUCAAUGCAAUAUCUGUAAGAGUUUUAAACCUACCACUGAAUUCUGUUAGAAUUAUCCUCAGUAAUUCAAUUUGGUGAUUUCACUGUUAAAUUAGAAUAUCUUUUAAACAGAAAACAUGUAAUCUCAUACAUGGAUCAACUAAUCCGGUAAUAACAAGAAUUGGUAUUCUAUAGUGUAGAAGAACAUAAUACUGAACAUUACUUUAAAUGCUUGAUUCAAACUUAUUAGUUUUAGUUGUAAAAAAUAAUUUGUCAGUACAUUGGUUCUUAAUUUGUGGUCCAUGGAAAGGUUACAUAAAUACAAAAAGAAAGUGACAACAGAAUGUAUGAACAAAAAUCUGGUGCUUCACUAACAGAUAUUUUUCAAAACCACUGAUGCCUAUACAAAUGUAAUUUUGAUUUUGAUGAUUUUUAAGAACAUGAAUUUUACUUGCUCCAAGCAUUAAGACUUCAAUGGUGCUACUAUAGUAUGCAGUCUACUUGGAUUUUUACACUAUAGUAUGCGGUUUACUGGGAUGUUUACACUAUAGUAUGCGGUCUACAGGGACGUUUACACUAUAUUAUGCAGUUUAUCGGGAUAUUUACACUAUAGCAUGCAUUCUAUUUUUAUGAUAUAAAUAAAAUAAAAUUAUGUGCUAAACAAUUUAAAUAUAAAUAAAAGAAAAUUAUGUGCUAAACAAUUUAUUGAGUAAACGAUGUACACUUUGAAUAUUAUGUUACAAUUUUACAUCACAUGCUUUAGUGAUAUACAAUGUGACAUAUCUUAUAUAAUUUUACAUUGUGUUAGAAAUAAAUCAUCAUUAUCCGAACAAUUUAUGUAAUUUCACAUCACAUGCUCUAACAAUAUACAUUUCGUAUAUCGUUUAAAAAUGCUACAAAUAAAUUAUCUACAUCUUCUCCUACAACUUUCCAACAAAAGUUAUCAAGAUGAGAGUGAAAAAGCUCUUUGCUGAUUCCCCUCAUUUUCUUAAGAAUGCUUGUUUUAGUGUCCAACCAAGACCGCUCAGUCAC